UGUGAGAUAGGCAAAAAAAAACAAAAAAAAAAAAAAUUCAGGCAUCUAUUAAGCUAGAGCUAAAUAGUACAGGUGUCUGGCCAAAGAAAUAUCAUGUUUCACGGUUUAUCUUAACAUGCCAUAUAUAAGAAACAGAAAAAUUGUAAAAGAGUUCAAGCUCAUAUUUGUCGAAAAAACUAACAAGGUUUCGCCUCAGUUUUUUCCAUCCUCAUGAAAUGAGAGAGGGAGACGCUAACAUUUUGUACGGAGGAAGAUGAAGUUCAAGGCAGCAGUUCUCCUACUAGCCCUUGAGCUCAUUUUAGGAUUAAUCUUGGCUGGCUGUUGCCAUGGUGCUCUACAGGUAGGGUUUUACAGAGGCAAAUGCAGAUUUGCAGAUGUUGAGGCUAUAGUGGCUGGCGUUAUCACUGCUCAGUUCUUAAGGGACCCUACAAUUGUGGCCGCACUCUUACGCUUGCAGUUCCAUGAUUGCUUUGUUAACGGGUGUGAUGCAUCCAUACUUAUAGAUGGAAUCAAUAGUGAGAAAACAGUACCACCAAAUCUGAGUGUUAGGGGAUAUGACAUUAUCGACCAAGCAAAGGCUGCUGUGGAGAACGCUUGCCCUGGCGUUGUAUCUUGUGCUGAUCUCAUUGCAAUAGCUACUAGAGAUGCUGUUUUCUUGAGUGGCGGAGGAAGAUACGAAGUUGAAACAGGAAGAAGGGAUGGUUUAGUUUCCAUAGCUCAAAAUGUAAGUAUCCUAGGGCCUAAAAUAUCAGCUCCCGAGGCCAUUGCAGGAUUUGCUGAUAAAGGGCUUAAUGCUACAGACAUGGUGCUUCUUCUAGGUGCCCAUUCUGUUGGAGUUACUCAUUGUUCUCUGAUCAAAGACCGUGUCUACAAUUUUCAAGGCACUGGCAGUCCUGAUCCAGCCAUGGAUCCUUUCCUAGUUAAUAUCCUGAGAUCAAGGUGUCCUCAGAUUUCCCCUGUAGACAACACAGUUAAUCUAGAUCAAAAUCCAUCUAGUUCCUUCUUCUUGGACGUUUCAUACUAUCGAAAUAUAAUGCUGCACAGAGGCAUUCUCCAAAUUGACCAACAGCUGGGAAUGGACCCAUUGACUACGCCCAUAGUGAGAAAUCUAGCUGGGGAAUUUGAUUUCCCUACCAGGUUUGGUGCUGCCAUGGUUAAAAUGGGAGCUAUAGGAGUUCUUACUGGCACACAAGGAGAGAUUAGGAGAUCAUGUAGAGCUACUAAUUAAUGGAUCAUGAUCUACUUAUUUUUAGUAUUGACACUUCUUGUAUAAUAAGCCUUUAGUUAAAACUUUUAUAAAAUCUAAUUGUAAAAGUAAAAAGUUUAAUCAUAUAUAUACAUAUAUGCUUUUCUC